AUGGAAGUACCGUCAAGACUGAUGACGCAUGAGGACUUUAAGAGGGAGCACCUGGAUCGUAUUGACAAUGACCUGAUGCAGACAAAGCUGGUUCUGGUGGACAUUACAGAGCCCCGCAGACUGUGUCUCCAGGAGCUCGGCCUCAGGAAAAACUUUGUUAUCUGGGUUAAAGAGGCUCUUGAAGAUAUCAACGAGCUUAAAGUGUUUGUUGACCUGGCUUCCAUCUCUGCUGGGGAGAAUGACCUCGACGUGGACCGUGUGGCCUGUUUCCAUGAUGCUGUCCUGGGUUACUCUCCGAUGCUGUACGAACUGAAGCCAGACUCCGGUUUCCAGGCCUUCAAGGAGGUGCUGAAAAAGCUGUGGAGGGCAUUGGAUAAUGACAACAACCUCCCAAAGAAGCUACGUGACACAGCGCGGUCCACCGGAAGUUGGUUGACAGACUUGAAGGACGCCAUGGAUUCUUUGAGCCUGGACACGGGCCCUGAAAGCUGCAGAUCCAGAGGAGCACGACGAAGGCCUGAGAUUGCGCCGUUACUCCUGGAGGACCUGAGGGAAUGCAGAACAAACUCCUGCUCAUGUCUGGGAAGGCGACAGGCCAGUGUGAGGUUUUGCCAGUCGUCCAGGAGGCUAGCUGUGGCAUUCAUUGCCCUGUUCACGGCAGGGAACCUG